AUGUUAAACUUUUCUUUCUUUCUUUCUUUCUUUCUUUCUUUCUUUCUUUCUUUCUUUCUUUCUUUCUUUCUUUCACUGAAUCCUACACGGGCCACUUCCACGGAGCCGAAUCACGCUCAUUUCCGCUGUUUCCCAACUAUCAAAUCUAUCUAUCUAUCUAUCUAUCUAUCUAUCUAUCUAUCUAUCUAUCUAUCUUAUUCUAUUAAUAUAUAUCAAUCAAUCUCAUUCUAUUCAUAUCUAUCUAUCUCAUUCUAUUCAUAUCUAUCUAUCUAUCUAUCUAUCUAUCUAUCUAUCUCAUUCUAUUCAUAUCUAUCUAUCUAUCUAUCUAUCUAUCUAUCUAUCCUAUUCUAUUCAUAUCUAUCAAUCAAUCUCAUUCUAUUCAUAUCUAUCUAUCUAUCUAUCUAUCUAUCUAUCUAUCUAUCUAUCUAUCUGUCUCGACUUUUCUUCUUCUUUUUUCUCUUCCCGGUUCAACAACUUAUUCUCUUUUUUUCUUCAACUAAAUCUGCCUAUAAUCUAUCUAUCUAUCUAUCUAUCUAUCUAUCUAUCUAUCUAUCUAUCUAUCUAAGACUCUUUUUAACUCUUUAUACACAUCUAUGUAUGUAUGUAUGUAUCUAUGUAUGUAUGUAUCUAUCUAUCUAUCUAUCUAUCUAUCUAUCUCAUUCUCUUCAUAAAAACCUCUGUUCAUAUCUACCUUAUUCUAUUCAUAUCUAUCACAUUCUAUUAAUAUCUAUCUAUCUAUCUAUCUAUCUAUCUAUGUAUGUAUGUAUGUAUGUAUCUAUCUAUCUAUCUAUAUACCUAUGUAUCUAUCUAUCUAUCUCAUUAUGUUCAUAUCUACCUCAUUCUAUUCAUAUCGAUCACAUUGUAUUAAUAUCUAUCUAUCUAUCUAUCUAUCUAUCUAUCUAUCUAUCUAUCUAUCUAUCUAUCUAUCUAUGUCUUAAUUUCAGUCUUUUCCUUCUUCCUCGUUUUUUCUUUGUGUAUACGCCGUUUCUAUCUAUCUAUCUAUCUAUCUAUCUAUCUAUCUAUCUAUCUAUCUAUCUAUCUAUCUGA